CAAUAAACAAGAAAUAGAUAAAACCAAACCAGAGUGUCGUACCACCUCCCGAAAUCAUUGCCCUUCAACUGGCACCACUUUGAGAGUCUGGUUAAAACGCGGCCGCUCCAGACGUAACUAAUACUGCACUCCUAUUCGUUCCUGUCUAGAGCGUUCAGCGCACUAUUUUCGUUAUGCGCGCUGUACUCAAGCCCUUCGUAAUCCAUGCCGCCUAUUCUCCCAUUGAGACUAUCGUCUUUUUCUCCAUAGUUGGAACUUUGGCUUACUUCCAUGUCCUUUCCGCCAUCAAACACUCAGCCUUCUUCGCACCCUCUUAUCCUUCUAUUCUACGCCCUUCACAUGCUCUUUUACGUGGUAACGAAUGGGUCAGUGUCCGAGACACCUUCUGGCAUCACGCGAAAGCCAAAUACUCUCCCGACGCCUCCAUACUUCCUCUCGAACUCUUUCCAGUCGAGUAUUCGUUAGAUUCCGUUCAUCGGUUAACGGAGACCACUCCCGACUGGUUGACAUUCUUUGCAAAUACAGAUUUGACCGAAUCGGUUCUUAACUUCACAAAAGAAAUACCUACUUCCAUAUCGGGAUUCGCAUAUGACAACGCCUGUUUCAGACCCGUCAGUAGCGAAGCGCUUGAACUCGAAGCGCCUUGCUUUACAAAUGAGCUGGUCAAGUCUCGGUCCAUUCAUCAAACCCUUGCGUUCACACCAGGUGUCAAGGAAGACUUUACUGUCGCGUUCGACCGUUUGAUCAAGUCUUCUCCGUUCCACGGUGGCGUGGAAUUUGAAGUAGAAGCUAAACAGGCUGAGGCAAUCGGUGACAUGAAGAGUAGCAAAUGGGUAGCGUAUGCCGCUACCGCUCUUGUCGUACGAUUCUGGGAUUUAGCCAAGAAAGCAGAUUCCCUCGACAUCGUCUUGAUCUUGGCCGGCUACGUCCUCAUGCACGCCACUUUCCUUUUGUUGUUCUAUCGUUCUCGCCGACUCGGUUCAAAUUUCUGGCUUCCUUCUGCCAUUUUUACUUCUUCCGUAUUCGCACUUCUUUUGUCCCUGCCGAUUGCUAUGUGGUUCCGCAUUCCCAUGGAUCCAGUUGCCCUAACGGAAGCCCUUCCGUUCCUCGUGUGCACGGUCGGAUUUGACAAACCUCUGCGCCUGGCUCGAGUGGUGUUCAGUCAUCCUCAUCUACAAAGCCCUGUAGGUGGCUCUAGCUCAAAUGGACAACUAAAGCCUGCAGGCGAAAUUGUGCUCGAGUCGUUGAGCAGUGUCUAUACUCCCAUAUUUCGUGAUUAUGUUCUUGAGAUUGCCGUUCUUGUCAUUGGAGCUUACAGUAAAGUCAACGGUCUAAGCGAGGUGUGCGCGCUUGCUGCUCUCGUCCUUGGCAUGGACUGCUUGUUGCUAUGCACGUUCUUAUCGUCGAUCCUUUGUGUCAUGAUUGAGGUCCGUCGUAUUCAAUCCAUUCGGGCUAUCUCGAAAUCCAGAGUUGCUUCCAGAGUCGCCUCUGUUGCUACUUCGCCUACUAGUUCACCAAAGCUUCGUCCGUCGCAUCCCAGCUUAGGCAAAAAAAUCUCUUCCUUGGUUUUAGGUGAAAAGGGAUCCAGCCUCCCUGCAACCCCCGGAAAGAAACAGGAUAAGCCUGAGAAUCCUGUAGCUCGCCUCAAAUUGCUCCUGAUCACUACUUUCCUCACACUGCAUAUCCUCAACUUCAUUACUCCCUUAACUCCUCAACGACAUCUCUCCCUGCAGUCAAUAAACUCUUUCCGCAAGGUUGACAUCUCGACUCCUGCGAUUCAGCAUGUCCUGAACUCCCUUGCUGCCACCGAGCACAUUGAGGCCGAAGUCAACGAGGGUACCGAGACAAAUAACCAUGGUCUUUUAGUUAAGGUUAACCCCUCCAUUCAUGUUCGGGUUAUACCCCUGGACUCUGCUAUUCACGAUUCCGCGAGCUCUUCGUCUGAUUCUGGUACCUCUCGUUCCACCUCGGAAAUAGUGGAAAACUUUAUGUCGAGCUGGUCCCGUCUUGUAGGAGAUCCUGUCCUGUCGAAGUGGAUUGUGAUGGUUCUGGCAGUCUCUAUUAGCUUGAAUGGCUACUUGCUCAAAGGGAUUGCAGCAGGCCUUGGUGGGAAGGGAUCCGUGGCAAAAUUGGGUGGCGUUCGGUUUGGCGGUGACGCUACUGCUGAACCCUCAUCAUCUUACGCACAUUCCGAACCUGUCGUAGUACAGCAACCUGUCUCGCCUAUUGCUCUCAUGCCGCCGCCAAUCAUUGCUCCCGCUCCGGCACCUCGUCGUCCAGCAACGUUUACACUCGAUGAAGUCGACCGCAGGCUUCAAGCACGUCGUCUCACUCAGAGCUCUUCCUCCCAAGAUGCGUCGUCGUCGUCUUCUGAUAACGAGGAAAAUGACGUGAUUGUCCGUUCGCUCGAGGAAUGCAUCGAGAUCUUUGAAAAGGGUCCCCGACCGGUCAGCGUCGCUUUGUCAUUAUUGAACGAUGAGGAGGUUAUUCUUCUGGCUCAAAAUGGAAAGGUAGCCGCAUAUGCGCUAGAGAAGGUACUAGGAAACACUGAAUAUGAGAGGGCUGUGAGAAUUCGUCGUGCGCUGAUCUCUCGUGCAUCGUCAACACAAACCCUCGAACAUUCGGACGUACCUAUGCGUCAUUACGACUACUCUCGUGUUAUGGGCGCUUGCUGCGAGAAUGUGGUCGGUUUCAUUCCCCUUCCUCUAGGUAUUGCUGGGCCUCUGAAGAUCGAUGGUCAUCUAUUUCCUAUUCCCAUGGCCACAGCUGAAGGUACACUCGUCGCCUCCACUUCUCGUGGAUGCAAGGCUUUGAAUGCUGGUGGAGGAGUGACCACCGUCUUGACUCAGGAUGCAAUGACCCGAGGGCCUGCUAUCGACUUUCCCUCUAUCGUCCAGGCUGCGAAAUGUAGGGCUUGGAUUGACUCUGAGGAGGGCUACUCUAUUGUCAAGGAAGCAUUCGAGUCAACAUCGCGGUUUGCGAAACUGCGCAGUCUCAAAUGCGCGAUGGCUGGCCGAACGUUGUUUGUCCGGUUCGCCACUGCCACUGGGGAUGCCAUGGGUAUGAAUAUGAUAUCUAAAGGUACCGAGAAGGCUUUGGAAGUCAUGCAGCAACACUUCCCUGACAUGAUUACACUGGCAUUAUCUGGCAACUACUGUACAGACAAGAAGCCAGCAGCGAUUAACUGGAUAGAGGGUCGGGGAAAGAGCGUCGUUGCGGAGGCGGUCAUACCAGGGAAGGUCGUCAAGAGUGUUUUGAAGACAACAGUAGAGGCACUUUGCAAUCUGAACACGAAGAAGAACUUAAUUGGAAGUGCAAUGGCUGGAUCUAUCGGUGGUUUCAACGCUCAUGCUGCCAACAUUUUAACGGCUAUAUUUCUUGCUACUGGUCAAGAUCCUGCGCAAAAUGUUGAAAGUUCUAACUGUAUGACACUCAUGGAACCUACCAAUAACGGUGAAGACUUACUUAUGACAGUCUCAAUGCCUUCCAUUGAGGUCGGUACUGUCGGCGGUGGAACCGUCCUCGCUCCCCAACAGGCUAUUCUCGAAAUGCUUGGGUUCAAGGGUGCUCACCCUACACAUCCUGGUCAAAAUGCUCAAGCCCUUGCUCGCUUAAUUGCUGCGGCCGUUAUGGCAGGGGAACUUUCGUUGAUGAGCGCUCUUGCUGCAGGUCAUCUUGUCCGCGCUCAUCUGGUACACAAUCGCUCUCAACUUAAUACACCUGCUGCUUCUACCCCUGUUACGCCCGGUGGUCCUCUCGGAACUGAGACUGGUGGUGUUCUCGGGAUAAAGGCGAGAGAAUUAGGUAUGAGCGCUCUCACACCAUCGGCGUCCACUGGGUCAUUACCCCCUUAUUCAUUAGAGAAACCUUGAACGCUACAAUACAACAUUCGUAUGAUAU